AUGGACGCCAAGCCGAUGGUGGCCACUGACCGUGGCGAUGUCAAGAAGUUGAAGGAUCUGCUGAACCAGGAGGAUGCCAUGGCGAUGGUUGUGGUGACGGCGACGAGCAAGAAGCCUCCCGGGGAGGACCAACCCCCUGCCGGUAACAUUAUCAACCCCCUACUUCUGGCAUCUGCGCGUGGGGGCUCCUGGGAAGCGCUGAAUCUCCUUCUGGAGAGGGAAGACGCAAAAAAGCCACAAAUGAUGGUUCCUACUCGCAAGUUUCUUCAGUUGAUAGCGAGAAGCAGCAGCGCCCAGGGAAGAAUCCCGGUGUCAGCUGCUGGUGAUGUAGAAGAGGGCGUCGACGACCAGCCUGUAUCUUCGGUUGCAGCUGGAGCACUCCUCAAGGGCCUCACCCCUCAAGGGGAUACUGCACUGCAUGUGGUCACCAAUGGAGGGGGCCGAAAUUUCUUGAAGUAUGCGGGCAUCAUCUGUAACAGGGACAAGAGAAUCCUGUUUUCCAGGAAUCACAAUGGCGACACACCGUUACAUCGUGCUGCCAGAGUUGGGCAACCCAGAAUGGUUUCUUAUCUCAUUCAUCUAGCUGCUCGUGAAGGUGCCGACACGAAGCUCCGGUUUUUGAGAAUGGAAAAUAACCGUCACGAGACGGCCCUCCACCAGGCUGUACGAUUUGAAUACGGUAGAGGUCUGCGUUAUGAGGAGAAGGAAGCAUUUAUUGGUGCUGCUGACCCCGCCAGAGAAGAAAAGAAUAAGCGUGACGAGAUAGGGGGUGUCCUAAAUGAAGACGGUAAAAGUCUGGGUGAUGCGGAGGGCACACCAGAAGAAAGGAAUAUUGUGAAGCUGCUAAUGGGUGCUGAUGCCGAAUUGGCUAAUUAUCCUGCAGAUGGUGUUUCACCCUUGUAUCUAGCCAUCUUGCUGGGGAAGAGUACCAUUGCACUGAUUCUAUAUCAUAUGAGUCGUGGCAAUCUCUCCCAUUCCGGAGCAGAUGGACAAAAUGCCUUGCAUGUUGCGGUUCUUCGGGACCGAGGUACCAUAUUUUUCACAGUGAUGGUAGAGUUCCUAGUGCAUUGGAACAGAAGCCUUACUGCACAAGUGGACAAAGAUGGGAGCACGCCGCUUCACUUUGCAUCAUCGGUGUACUUCCGGACUGGCUCGGAUCUGCGUUUUAUGUUCCUCCGCACUCUCCCUUGGUGUCGUUUUGUAUGGAUUCCCUGGGGAAAAAAGAUACACGAUCUAGUAUUCAAUGCGAACCCCGCCGCAUUGUACCAAGCUGACAAGGACGGAUAUUUUCCCAUACAUGUGGCUGCCUCUGUAGGUCUCAAAGAUGUCGUGCAAUUCUUCUUUAAUGAUUACCCAGAUAGUGCCGGAUUGUGUGACGCUAAAGGAAGGACGUUCCUUCAUGUUGCCGUCGACAAGGAAGAAUUUGACAUUGUCUCGUAUGUAUGUCGAACUCCAUCUUUAGCUUGGAUUCUGAAUAUGCAAGACAAUGAUGGGAACACGGCAUUGCACUUAGCUAUCGAGGCUCGGAAUUUCAAGAUUUUUUGUGCUCUAUUUGGGUCUCGACGGGUAUGUCUGAAUCGGAUAAAUAACCAAGGGGAAACUCUCCGUGAUCUAGCCAAAAGUAAGGUUCCACACGGAAUAAGUUAUAUAGAGAACCCUGAGUGCAAAAUACACGAGGUAUUGGCGUGCUGAAACGAGCACGGUGCCCUUCGAGAGGAUAAGCUUCAUGAAAGAUACAUGAGGCCUGUAAACCCAGGAGACGAGGACAAAGAAUCACACAUGCUGGGAAAUUCAGCACAAAUUGGUGCAGUCCUAAUCGCAACUGUGGCGUUCACUGCAACUUUUGCCCUGCCUGGAGGUUACAAAGCAGAUGACCAUAUAAAUGGAGGUACGCCAACACGUGCUGGGAGUUAUGCUUUUGACGCGUUCAUGAUGGCCAACACGUUAGCUUUCAUCUGCUCCAUAGUAGCUACCAUUGGCUUUGUGUCUGCUGGAAUUCCCAUGGUUAACCUGAAAACUCGCCGAGUCAACUCUGCAGUGGCUGUGCUUUUAAUGUCGAGCUCACUCACAUCCAUGUCUACUGCUUUUGCGCUUGCUGUGUAUAUCGUGCUAGCUCCAGUCGCCCGUAGUACGGCUGUUGCGGUAUGUGCUAUUACUCCUGCCGUGUUGCUAAGUGUAAAUAGGGAUUGUAUUUUCCAAUGUGUUAUUCUAGCACGACCAUUAUGGACUAGGAUAGGGCUAUUCCCAGGAACCAAAGUGUUACUAAAGAUGCACAUGCAGAUAGUGGUCAUGGCACUUUGGCCCAUCAUAGUUACCUUUGGUUGGGCUGCAUUGGCAAGGAUCCACCGCCACAGCUAA